UGGUGUUUGUUUUGUCACGUACAGACAUGAGGUGGGAGGAGAGAGAUGGUGAACGUGUAGUUUCUAUAGGAUAUGAUAUGAUGUGAUGUUGUGUUUCCUCAGGAGAGCAGUAUGGGCAGUUCAGCAAUCAGAGGGCAAAGGCAUGAGUGAAGAUGACCUUAAAAGCAGCCAAAACAUGGUUUUUAAGACUCCUCCCAGUUGUGCUCUUCUUCAUCUGUUACUAUUGCUCCCAGUUCUACUUUGAGAGCGAUGGAGGCAGCGGAAAGUACCCUCAGCCCACUGUUUCUCUAUGUCACAGCUAUCGCAUGAAGAGAAAGUGGGAGAGCCUAAAAUUGAAGACCAUGAGCCGGAAGACUGAGCUCUUUCUAAAGCUGGAGGAUUUCUUCUGGCGGGAACAUCUGUCAGCUGAAGCUCUGCCCUAUGGUAUUAAAGGCAGCGAGCUCCUGCUUCUGAAGGUCUUGGCAGUGACUUCCAGCUACACAAUGCCAGCAAACAUUGAGAGUUUAGAUUGCAGGACGUGUGCAGUCAUUGGAAACGGCUUUUCCAUAAAAAACAGUUCACUGGGGGAUAUCAUUAACAAAUACGACGUGGUGAUCAGGCUGAAUGACGCCCCAGUCAGAGGCUAUGAGGAGGACGUGGGUAACAAGACCACGUUACGUCUGUUUUAUCCCGAAUCCGCCUCCCAUAACCCAGGUAUCCACAAUGACCCGGACACCCUGCAGGUCCUGGUUCCUUUCAAACAGCAGGACCUCCGCUGGCUCAAAGAGAUCCUGUAUGAUGAGAAGAGGGUCCGAAAGGGUUUCUGGAAACCUCCUCCCCAGAUCUGGCUCGGCCGGGCCAGUCAGAUCCGUGUCCUGGACCCAUAUUUCCUUCGCCUAACAGCCAGCAAGCUGCUUCAGAUCAUUUCCCUGCAACCGCGCAGACAACAGAAAUCAGUGCAUCCCACCACUGGCAUUCUGGCUGUAUUUGUGGCUCUAAACUACUGUGACGUUGUGCACGUGGCUGGAUUCGGAUACCCAGAGUUCAGGAACCAGAAACAGCCCAUCCACUAUUAUGGAAAGGAUACGAUGAGAUCCAUGAAGAAUUCCUACCAUGAUCUCAAUCAAGAGGCUCUCGUGCUUAAGAGACUGGCAGACCAGGGAGCUAUUUUAUAUCUUCAUGCUCAUUCCUGACACCCAACAUGAACACAUAUUAAUACAAACAUACAUAAACGCAUGUAAAUAUGGCACUACAGACAAUAUCUUCAUCUUCGGACUGACUUGGACUGAACUGACAUUUCCAGCUCUCACGCCGCAGAGCUGUCAGUAGUCUCUGCAUUUCUAUGUGAUUCACAAAUUUUAGUCUGACCUCAAAUAUUUAUAAUUGAUGAAUCUAUUCUGCUUAUUGUUUUGUUUCCUUUCGGGAACUUUUUUUUUCUUUUUUCUUCUUUCUUUUUUUUAAACAUAUCACCACUGGAUAUUUUGUGAACUUCUUAAGUAUUUAAUAAAAUGAAAAUAUGCAUCUUGUUUUUAGUUGACGAUUUAUAAGCAAUACUCAUAAGAUCUCAACUGAACAAAUGAAGACUGUCUCCUGCUUCUCAGAUGUUUCUCCUCUGGAGUUUCAGACGAGAUGUCUCAAAUUGUGCUCGGAUUUGUCAAGAUACAAAAAGUCAGAUCAAAAU